AUGAAAAAGAACGGAGUUGAGUUUAAACGUUUUUAGAUUGGUUGGGUUCAUGAAAUUAAAGUGCUGUGUUGCAAGGUUAAUUUUUGAUUGGCUACCUGGUAAUCUUUCUGUCCAGCUGUGUGGCUGUGCCAGAUCCUUCUGUUGGUUGCAACACUACCAUCGUUCGGUCGAACUAUAUGUACCCUGCCAAAUGCCCAAUCUAUUAGUGGUUUAAUGAUCAUCUUUCUUUGAAUGGCAAAAAUGAAGCAGUCCUCGCUUGAAACAACACCGAUCGAGGUGGGAGCUCUCAUUCUUGAGAAUAUUCCUGAUAUGAGCAGUCUAUGUAUGGUCUCUCAUACGAGCUUCACCUCAUGCCCAUAGGAUCUUCCGCAAAUAUCGCGAGCACGUCCUCCAAUUUGUCAUCGCUCGUGAUAUUGGGACGAUUCUUCUGCCUGAAGCUUUGGCAGCUCUUGACUCGUCAGAAUUAAUGAUGUUUGAAAGUAUGGAUGGAGAGGUAUUAGAAAUACCUAUUCGUGGUCCUUGGCAAGGCGAUGUCUUGAGUUGGAUGGAAAAUUGGUACCUUCCCGAAUACAAGAUCAUGAUGCGGUGGGGAGUAGAAGGCUAUCUUGAUGAACAUGAGAAGGAGAUAUGGAAUGAAUGGAAAGACCGCCACCACUUUGAUAAGACAGACUAUCUGGGCGCCGACUAUCUGCCACCAAAAGAGAAUAUGUUGCAGCUCUGGCAGACGCAUAAGGACGUGAUGUUUAUCGCAAACCUCUGCGUGGGAGAGACUUUGGAUGUUUUCAUUCGAGGUUUUAGAGGCGGCGAUGAGCCUCUGGGUCCGAAGGUUUCGUAUACGCUUGAGGAUAUCUCACUCGUCGAAAAACAACGAAUAUUCCGGGCCAUCUACCGUUUCAUAAUUUUCGGCAACGUCUUCGCCCCUUCCACCGAAAACUGGGUUGGUAUGGAUCCAUGCGCAUGGUUUCUUUGUCAAUUCCCUGCUUGGAAAGUCGAAGAAUUGAGUUGCGUCUUUGAUUUUGUGACAGACAAGAUUUUGUUGAAGUGGCAGGAAUCGGAAGACCAUGAGUUCAGCCGACUUUCUACAGACCUAGAUCUAUGGAAGCUUGAGGGUAAAAUGUAUUUCUAUUCGGAAGACUGGAAGCGGCGCUAUUUCCGAAGGAUGCAGGCAUCCUCUGCAACGUUGCCAAUUAAGGAUUUGCGCGCCAUACUUCAAUCGAAAAAGGGACUUCUGAAGGACUUGGUGGAGAAAGUAGGAGAUGCGGGCGAAAGGGAGUUUCUGAAGGAGGCCCUAGAAGAUGAUCCAGGAAAUAAACCUGUGCUGUUUGGAGGCGAAAGGCUUAGGAAAGACGCGAAAUGCGACAAAGAUCAUAUACCAGUUUCUGAUGGCUUGUCAGGCAAUGACAGUAUGUCUGCCAACAAGGACUACAUAUGGGCUGAUGGUGGGUAUUGCCGAGAAUUGUAUGUGUCUUCUACUUCUUCUGAGCCUUGGAGAGAAAGCCUUCGACGAGCUGGAUAUGUCUUCUGGGGCUCAGAGAUCUGGGGAGAUAAUGGCACCUUUAUGUAAGUCUUGCAUGACCGGAUAAUCUAGACCUCAAAGCUAAUUUUGUCUAGUGGACGAGAGGAAUGCGGAAUGCGAAUUUUGAAGGAAUUUCCUCGACCCGCUUUUGAAGAUCAAUCCCUCAGUGUAGAAGAGAGGAUGAAAAGAUGCUGGCAAGAGAAAGUCAAUUACUCGUGAGUGUUCAUAAUGUGAACUUUAGCAACAAUGGGCCCAUGCACCAAAUGGAUUGAAACAGGGAGAAGACUGGAAGUGGAUGUGAUGACUGGGUCCAGCCCAAGCUCGAACGGGGUCUGAAUUCAAUAUGGUGAUGGGAGACAUCAAG